AUUAAACUUGGAUAGAUGAUAGAUAGCUACUUCGACUAAAGUAUGCAAUGGAGCAACCUGGAAAAGGCAUAUGAGCGAGCUCCAGGGCUGAAAGCUAUCGACUUUACGAGGGUGAAAAUCAUCGCGAUCGAAGCCAGUGAUGGCUUGGGGUCGACAUUGAGAGCUGAUUUGGCCGAUGCUACAUUUUCGAAACAUCUAGCGAUCGAAAUAAACUGUAGCAAGAUUGAUCACGGUUAUCGAAUAUUUGAGUCUAGUCAUCUAAGGAAUUUGGAUACUGGAAAACAGAAUGCAGUAGCUGAGCGGGCCACAAUUUAUAAAUCGCGUAAAGGAACAGACCGCAUUUAACAGAGAUCCGGACGAUCGUGGACAUAUGCCACUGCAUUCAAUGUAUGAAGCAGCAAGCAAGAG